AUGCCAAACUAUUUACAUAAACUAUUCUGACGUGAGUGAUGCGAAGCGAUGUAUAAUUUAGGCUGUGGCUGGAUCACGUGGCCUGUGCAACAGUAGUAUAAAUGACAGUGUUCUGGUGAUAGAAAAGCAUGCUCUGGGAAGAGAACCUUAAGGAAGAGAGGAGAAAAUGCCUUAUGCAUUGGCCUUACACACCUGUGGAGGACAAGGAGGAACAGCCUUCAGUUUUGAUGGGUGGAGAAAUGGAGCAACGCUGGAAAAAAUCUGGGUGUGGGUUGGAGGGUGGCAGAUCAAGUGCGUGAAGGCCUGGCUGACGGACGGAAGGACUGCACAGUACGGCAGUCCCUCGGGAUCUCACAAAGAGUUUGUGUUCCAGCCCGGGGAGCUGUUUUCGUCCCUCUCACUGUGGGGGAAUGGGGCUGGCUCACGCCUGGGCGCCUUCAAGUUCAGGACAACCAAAGGCAGGGAAUUCUUCGUGAAGAUGACAGACUGGGGCCUAAAGACCGAGUACCCAGUCGACGUCCGCUCUGGAAUCUGCCUUGGAAUUCAGGGCAAAGGCGGUUCAGACAUCGACAGCAUGGGCUUCCUCUUCAUCAAUUCGGUUAAAAGUUCAGAAUUGAUCAACGUGACAUACCCUACACUGCACAGGGAGCUUCCAAAAGUCCAGAUGGAAGAGAUCAAAUCACUCAGUUACAAGAACACUGGUUCUGUCCCCCAAACCUAUAAAAUUGAAACCUCCAAGACCGUGACCAAAACCUCCUCCUGGUCGAUCACAAACAAGCUGGAGGCAACCGUGAGCAUCAGCGUCUCAGCCGGCGUUCCGGAUGUCGUGGAGGUUGAAUAUGGCUUUAGUUUUACCGUUAGCACCGAGAGUACGCACGCCGUGGAGAAUUCAGAAUCGAAAACCGAGCUCCUCUCAUUCGACGUCACGGUUCCUCCACGCAAGACCACUGCGAUCGACAUCAAUAUCGGUCGCGCGGAAAUCGACCUCCCGUACAAGGGUACGGUGCGCAUGUCCUUAUUGAACGGCGCCACCUACGACAUCCCUAUGGAGGGUGUCUACAAGGGCCUCGCCUACACCAAGGCGACUGUAGUAACAAACGAAAAGUGAAACGGCAUCGGAAAAGCACGCAGGUGCUGCGCUUUACUAGCUGCAUGCUGCAUUCAACGCUGCCUAUCUUUAUUUAAUAGUUUAUUGAACCCUGCGGUAUAAAAUAUGAUGCAAUACAUAUGCCAUUUGGGAGAGUUCAGUUGGUGCAAUUAAGGAACCUUUGAAUCGGUGAAAAAAUAAUUAACACGGAGAUGCAGUUAUUUCAACGAAUUUUUCUCGCACAUACCGUAUAUAAUUGAGUCUGUUCGCUCAGAAAUCACAAUGGAAUGAUCAUAAUCUGUCUUUAUCCUGGAGGAAUCCGACGAUAAAUUAAUCUCUUUUUUACAGAUGUCCAGUAGGGGCGAGUCAGCAAUUUACAACAACAAACAAUACACAACACGAUAGGAGGAAAAAGUAGAUCAAUGGUAAGCCAGUAGCUAAAACUUAUAUAAAGAAAUAAGAAUAAAGUAUAUAAGUACAAAUAGCAUAAGUACAUUUAAACGUCAGUUUUGCCAUUUACUUACGUGAGAAUGAGCCCCAACUAGCAAAAGCAAAUGGAAAUAAACUUCCUGCAGUGGUUUGGGCAAUGUAACAAGACAAUACACACUGGCAUAGGCAACGUUGAUCGGUAGAGUGCAAAUCUGGAGGGGUUCAAAACAUCAAAGUGCAAGUUGGAUGAACGACAUAAAUGACUGGAAGGAGGUGAAAGAGGUGAUGCUUUAUGGGCUUCAGAAAUGAGAAGGUGAAGAGUGAAAACCCAAAUGAAGCACACAGCUAAGGACAUUCUCCACGGCAAAUCAUACAAACAUAUAUCUUGACAAUACAGUUUCUGCAUGCUGCCACGAACAGAAUAAUCGAUGGACUUGACCAACAUUUCUACUAAAAUUAUAGAGAGAAGACAUCCACGUGUGAAUGAUACCAAACAAAACGAUGACGGAAAGAUAAAGAUUCCUCAAACAAUCAACCAAUCUUCAUUUGUGUUGGGACACCUAUUUUCAGAAACGCUCAUAUUUGUUUUCCAUUUCACACUACAAUGAAUAUACAAAUAAUGAUAACUGGCCUCGAAUGACCAACAAUUUCUCCAAAGGUGACACCAGAAAAUAAAAGAACUUCUCUUGUAGUACUAUCAUUUCCAUCAGCACCACCAUCUGGAUUAAUGCAUUUAGAUUACAAUUGCAUGCUCUUUAAUUAUAGGGAAUUGCAUGCAACUAGUCAGUUGCAUGUUAUGCAAUGCUUUGGGCUUGUGAUGCAAAAUAAAAUAUCUUUAAAAAUUCA